AUGGCUGGAGUCGGACGCGUCUUCGAGAUCCCGGUCAAGGCGUUUAUGAACGAGUUCGUUCCUGGGCCUCAUCUGACCUUCUCCAAGAAAGAUACUGGCAAGUGGAAGGGUAAAUUUAAGGCAGUGAAAUCGAAGAAAAAGGAGGCAGAAAUCUACCCUGAUUUCUGUGAAACUGUGAACUUCAUCUUAGGCAAAGCCAAUUGCAGGCCUCUCAUUGCGUGCGACACUGCAGACUGGCCUGAUAAGACCGAGGGCAUGGCCAAAUUGAUGGGCCACAGCUCCAAGGUACGGCCCAGCAUAUCAAUUUAUCAAAAUACUCCCGAGGCGGCUAGAGACUAUGUGCUCAGUAAUGCAGAGCUCGAGGGGUUCCUUUGCUCAAAGCAUCGGAAAAGACAAUUGGCAAGGGUCUCGUGGCAGCAUCUGUGCGUACCAAUCGAACUCAAGAUCGAUCAUACAUUGUCAGCGUUCGAGUUUCUGGAACCCGAGAAAAAUUCGCCCGUUCGAAGCGAGGACACCAUGGAACAAAUCGCGGAUUACGUCUCGAGGAUUCUCCUUGCCCAGCACCGCGAAUUCUGUCUUAUGGUCUAUAUCUUCAAAUCUCUUGCGCGCCUGGUGCGGUGGGACCGUGUUGGGGCGAUUGUGUCCGAGCCAUUCAGCUACGUGAAGGGUCGCGCAUUGCAGACUUUUUUCUACAGAGUGGGCCACAUGUCGGAUGCUGAGCUUGGAUAUGACCCGACUGUAGUUGCUGCUACGCCCGCGGAGGUAAAGCUCAUGACUAGUUGCAGGGACAAGCUGAACGACUACCACAAGCAAUGUCUCGACGAAGUGAUGUCACCAAAUUGCCAUAUACACAAAGUCACAGUCUAUGCGAAGGACCUUGUCGACAGCGAGGCCCUGCGCAAGGCUGCUAGGUCUACUGCCGAUUCAGCAUCUGGGUCCGAUUCCGAUUCACCCUCUUUCUCCUGCUCCGCAUCUGUUAAUGACAACUCUAUGCCUGCUUCAGAGGUCCUCCCUGCUUCCAAUACCCCUCUUAGCUCUGAUGACAUGACCAUAGCGAAACCUGUACGGCAUUUCCUAAUCGGACGCCCGCAAUUUGCGGCCCGUUCGCCUACAGGCCGUGCUACACGGAGAUAUAUGGCGUACGACAUGGAAACGGGAAGGCUGGUGUUCUUGAAGGAUACGUGGCGGCCCAACUCGUCGAAGACACACCCGGAGCGUGAGGUAUAUGAACGUCUGUACAAGCAUGAUGUCUCGAACAUCGCGACUCUUCUGUGUGGUGGCGACGUCGGCUCAACUAGAAACAAGCCACAGCGGACGCGCACGCAAGAGUCCGGCGGAUCGCUUCUAGGUCGGAUCCAUUACCGGCUGGUCGUGAAGGAAGUUGGUCGUCCAUUCGACGACCACAAAGACUGUGAGGAGAUGAUUCGGGUAAUUUAUUGUGCGCUUGAUGCUCGCUGUCAGGCUUGGGAGAAGGCUCGUGUACUGCAUCGAGAUGUGAGCAUUGGCAAUAUCUUGGCCGAUGAGGAUCCCGAUGAUCCAGGGUAUGGGGUUGGUCCAGGGUCUAUCAAAGGGUUUUUGAAUGACUUGGACCUCUGCAAAUAUGAGGACGAGUUGGAUAGCGGCGGGACUCCCCAGAAGACGCGUUCAGGAACGUGGCAAUUCAUGUCAGCAUUACUACUUCAAUUCCCGAAAAAGCGCCACGAAGUUUCGGAUGAUCUGGAGUCGUUUAUGCACGUCGUGAACUGGCUGGCCCUGAAAUGGUAUCGGCACCGUCUCCGUCUAACAACAACGCUGCAGCAACAUAUCGCUGAUACUUACAAUAAGCGGUCCCUUUUUGAUGGCUACGAUGUGGGUGGGCACCAAAAACUCCAACAGAUACGGAUCGGCGAAGUGCCUUUUAUGUUGUCCGUCAAGGGUGGGCUCAGCAGCCUUCUCGAGAAGCUCAUGGAGCUUUGCCAUGAACAUUACAAGACUGUCGAUAUGGCCGCUCUCAGACUCCGGAAAACCCAACCCGAAACGCCUCAGCCGGUUCCGCGACAACGACGCAAAAGAAUCUUUAACCUCAGGCUACAACUAGAGGAAUCGGACCUUGAGGACUCGUCCCCUGUUACACCGGUGGCUGAUAAGCGCACGGCGGGUGACUCAAAGGUCCCCCGCGCAACUUUGUCGACUCACCGACUGAUUAUGGACGCCUUUGCAGACGUUCUCGAGGACAGUGCUUAUGAAUGGGUGACAGACAAGAUCGAGAAUCAAUUCGCCUCAUUCGGUCCUGCCGCAUCCUCAUUUCGAACCGCUACUGUAUCGAAUUCUAAGGCUACUGCGUCGAAUUCUAAGGCUACUGCGUCGAAUUCUAAGGCUACUCCCUCGAAUUCUAAGGCUACUCCCUCGAAUUCUAAGGCUGCUGCAGCCGACGAACCUGGACCACCGCCCACUACCCCUCCUCUCCGACCUGAACCCUCAGCGCAGGACGUCCCGGAGAUCAAGUCGACCCCCCGUAGUGGUAAACCUUCCAGUCGGCAACAAUUCUCCGCCAAGCAGGAUACAGUGUUGGCAUUGAGGUUGGCUCUUGGCGACGAGAUGGCGGAACGCGUCUUCGAGAUCCCGGUAGAGAAAUUUAUGGACGAGUUCGUUCCCGGACGGAAUUGGACUCUGCCUAGGAAAGAAACGGGCAAGUGGAAGAGUAAAUUCAAAGACGUGGACCAGAUUACAAAGGAAUCACUAAUGUAUCCUGGUUUCUGCGAAGCUGUGAACUUAGUGUUAAACAAGUUCAGGGCCAACCGUCUCAUCGCGCGGGACACGGCAGACUGGGGUGAUAAGACCGAAGACGGGGCGAAACUGAUGGGCCCCAGUUCUGUAGUGCGACCGGAUGUGUCAAUCUAUCGAAAUACUCCGGAAGCGGUUAGGGACUACGAGCUCACUGCUGCAGAUGUCGAGGGGAGCAAGUGCGCGAAGGAUCGACAUAAACAUCUGGCCAGGGUCUGCUGGCAGCGCCUGUGCAUCCCAAUCGAGCUCAAGAUUGAUCAUACAUUGUCAGCGUUCGAGUUUCUGAAACCCGAGAAGAAAUCACCUGUCCGGAGUGUCAAUGCGAUGGGUCAAAUUGCGGAUUACGCGUCGAAGGUUCUCCUUGCCCAGCACCGGGAAUUCUGCUUUAUGGUGUAUGUCUACAGAUAUUCUGCGCGCCUGGUGCGGUGGGACCGGGUCGGGGCGAUUGUGUCGGAGCCAUUCAAUUACGUGACGGAUGGCACAUUGCAGACGUUCAUCUACAGAGUGGGACACAUGUCGCAUGCUCAGCUUGGAUAUGAUCCGACUGUUGUUGCUGCUACACCGGCGGAGGUCUCGCUCAUGGCUAGUUGCAGGGGCAGGCUGAACGAUUACCACCAGCAAUGUCUGGCCGAAGCGAUGUCGCCAAAGUGGCCUAUAUACAAAGUCGCAUUUUAUGCGAAGGACCUCGUGGAUAGUGAGGCCCUGCGCAAGGAUGCUAGAUCUGCUGGCCAAUCCAUGCCCACUUCCAAUUCUACUCCCCAGUCUCCUUCUGACUCUGCAUCCCUCGAUGAUAGCGCCGCGCUUCCCUCAGAGGCUUCCAAUUCCUCUCUUCACCCUGAUAACACGUCCACGUCGGAGCCUGUACGAUAUUUCCUCAUCGGUCGCCCACGAUUUGCGGCGCACUCACCUACGGGCCGUGCUACACGAGGAUAUGUGGCCUACGACAUGGAAACGGGAAGACUGGCAUUCCUAAAGGAUACAUGGCGGCCCGACUCGUCGAAGAUACAUCCGGAGCGCGAGGUAUACGAACGUCUGUACAAGCAUGAUGUCUCGAACAUUGCGACUCUUCUGUGUGGUGGUGACGUCGGCCAAACUAGCGACCAUCUACAGCGGACGCGCACGCAAGAGUUCGGUGGAUCGUUGCUUGGUCGGAUCCAUUACCGGCUGGUGGUGAAGGAAGUUGGUCGUCCAUUGGACGACCACGAAGACUCUGAGGAGAUGAUUGGGGUAAUUUAUUGCGCACUUGAUGCUCACUGUCAAGCUUGGGAGAAGGCUCAUGUACUACAUCGAGAUGUGAGCAUUGGCAAUAUCUUGGCCGAUGAAGAUCCCGAUGAUCCAGGGUAUCACGGGGUUGGUGAAAGGCUUAUCAAAGGGUUUUUGAAUGACUGGGACCUCUGCAAAUAUGAGGACGAGUUGGAUAGCGGGCCUACCCAGAAGACGCGUUCCGGAACGUGGCAAUUCAUGUCAGCAUUACUACUUCAAUUCCCGAGAAAACGCUACGAAGUCUCGGACGAUCUGGAAUCGUUUAUGCACGUCGUGAACUGGCUGGCCCUGAAAUGGUACCGGCACAGUCUCCGUACAGACGAUUCACUGCAGAAACAUAUCGCUGAUACCUAUGAUCAGUGGUCCCGUGUCGAUGGCUACGACCUGGGUGGGCACGAAAAACUCCAGCAGAUAGAGAUCGGCAGAGUACCUUUCAUAUUGUCCGUCAAGGGUGGGCUCAGCAGCCUUCUCGAGAAGCUCAUGGAGCUUUGCCAUGAGCAUUACAAGACUGUCGACAUGGCCGCUCUCAAACUCCGGAAAGCCCAACCCGAAACGCCUCAGCCGGCUCCGCUACGACGGCGCAGAAGAAUUAUGAACCUACAACUAGAGGAAUCGGACCCUGAGGACUUGUCGCCUGUUGCCCCGGCGGCCGACUCACUCGUCCCCCGCGCAACUUUGUCGACUCACCGACUGAUUAAGGGCGCGUUUACGGUCGUUCUCAAGGAUAGCGCUUAUGAAUGGGUAACAGACAAGGUCGAUAAUCAAUUCGCCUCAUUCGCUCCUGUACGAAAUUCUGUUUCGGUUGGGUCUAGAGAAAGCAAAGGCAAGUCUUGCAACUCUUUUCUCGGAGAGCGGCCUAAGCGGGCACGGAAAACACCAUCCACCCAUACACGCAGUAUGGAGACCCGCUCUAUGCGUCGCAUGGUGGACUCUGGACUUGGUUCUGUUCUCCCAUCCGUGCCAGAGGAGGUGGAGUAG